AUGGCCCCAAAAAAGCGCUUCAGACCACUAGAAAUAGGGUCACCGAAACAUUCUAAAAGGAAAGUUCAAAAACCACUUCAGGAGAAAACUACAAACUUGAGAGUUUCGCCAUUUGCCCUCUCUAGAAUUGAUAAAGAUGCUAAGAGUAAAGAGUCCGCUAAGGUUGAGAAAACGAGAAAGGUGAUCUCAGAAAACAUAUUCAAUUCAAAACACGUUGAUUUAAGGCUGGAGACUCCUCGCCCGGGCUUGAAAUUUGUUAGCGACCCUCAAAAGGGUUCAAAAGCUCCAGAUGUCCGAUAUCUAAAAAAUAAAUCCAGUCAUGCCUUGAAAGAUGAAAGGCAAGCAAUAGCGUCGCCCUCCUUUGAUAAAUCAUUGAAGUUUGAGGACAUAGAGCAGCCUCCAAAAUCCACUUCAACACCGGUUUCCGCUCAGCCCUCUCAAAUAAGAGUAGAAAGAGAACCAUCCAUGUUUCCGCUCCCGUAUUAUAUUGCUCCCUCGCCCAUGUAUAACUUCAACCCGUAUCAAAAUUUUACAGGGAACCCUGUAUUUCUGACACCGUGCUAUAAUCCAAGUGUGAAUUAUGCAAUCCCCGUUCAACAACCGGAAUUGCUUUAUCCAAAUGGUAACGUGUACGAUUCACCAUUGUUUGACAAAGUAAGGCACCCACACCAAAUCAAUGACCCAGAUAGCUUGAAUAGAGAACAACAUUACGAAUACCGUCCAAUAUUUCCUAUCUCGAUUUCUAACAACGGGGAUUUUGUUGGGCAAGAGACACCUAGAAUAGCAUCAAAGCCAAGCAAUAAGAGAUUCUCAAACUCUCAAGAUGUUGAUUAUUCUGAUUAUGAAUCGAGCGGACAGAAUGCAACCUAUCAUGAUAGCAAAUCUCCUCUUGAUUAG